UAACAGACAUGGUGAGUGUAUGCUAAAUAUAUUAGUAUUUCUACUUUGACAGAUUUCAAAUUAAAGAAAUAAAUGUAGUUUAAUCAUGUUAUUAAAAUUAGAGGUGUAAAAAUAGAGACAUAAGUAUUAAACAGCACUCUAAACUAGAACACACUUUUAUCUAUGUAAUGGCUGAAAGUGGCAGGACAGUGAUAUUGUGCAAAGUAUUGUCCGAAAAAAGUGAUAAGCAAGAGACAUAUGUUGAAACAUUGGAAUCAGCUGGUUAUAAUUGUGAAUAUUUACAAACUUUGCAAUUUGAAUUUGUGAAUAUCUCAGAGUUGCGAGCAUGUCUGUCAGAAGCUGACAAAUAUAGUGGCCUAAUAUUAACAAGUCCUCGUACAGUUGAAGCUGUUGCGUUAGCAGCGAAAGAAGAUAAGAAUAUCUUGUGUCAUUGGGAGCAGAUGCCAGCAUACUGUGUAGGGCCUGCAACAGAUUCUCUCGCAAAAAAUCAACUUAACUUACAACAUUGUAUAGGCAGUCACACUGGUAAUUCGAAGCAAUUGGCUGAAAAAAUUGUUCUUGAUGUAAAGAGAGAUUCGAAACCAUUAUUGUAUCCAUGCGGUGAAAUUGCCCGUGAAACUAUAUCCUGUAUCGUCGGAGACAGUGGAAUUUUGCUAGAAAAGAUUGUGGUUUAUAGAACAUUAGAGAGUAAAACUCUCGAACAGGAGUUACCAAAAAUACUCGCAAAAUCUCCUGAUAUAUUUGUCUUUUUCAGUCCAUCUACAGUGGAGUGUAUUACAGCACAACUUAAAAAAAAUUUCUUUAAUGUCAAAGAUAUAAAAGCAGUAGCAAUAGGACCUGUGACGAGAGAUGCAUUAAUUAAUUCUGGCUUCAAUGUGUAUGCCACUGCAGAUAAGCCUGAACCAGCAGCUUUGAUGCGUGCGAUCAAAGCUGCUGAACUUAAGUAGAAAAUUUAAAUAAGAAUGCUUCAUGAAAAUAUGGACUGAGACAACUUGCCAAUAUUUUUAAUAGUUGCAAUACAUACAUUUUUCAAUACAUAAAUAUUUCAAAUUUUACUUCAUAAUAAAAGAAAUUUUUCUGUAAUUCGUACGUGUUCGUUAAUAAUAACUGUGUAAAUAAUGUACAUAUGAUAUUCUAAAAAACUAUAAAAAAGCAAUUAUGUAUAUACAUCUUCACAAUUGUAAUGUUAAAUGAAAUUAUUAUCCAAGUGCUUUCUUA